AUGCAGCCUACAGCCUGUAAUGGAUCAGCGGAUUCCUCGACCACCUUCUACCUUUUGGGCAUCCCCUCUCUGCCAAAACCCCUCUUCCUUUCUAUCUUCUUUGUCUUUCUCCUCCUCUACCUGCUCAUCUUGGUGGGUAACACCCUGAUCCUGGUGGCUGUGGUGGCAGAGCCCAGCCUCCACAAGCCCAUGUAUUUCUUCCUGAUCAACCUCUCUGCUCUGGACAUCCUUUUCACCACAACCACUGUCCCCAAGAUGCUGUCCCUAUUCCUGCUUGGGGACCACUUUCUCAGCUUCCCUGCCUGCUUCCUGCAGAUGUACCUCUUCCAAAGCUUCACAUGCUCUGAAGCCUUCAUCCUGGUGGUCAUGGCCUAUGACCGCUAUGUGGCCAUCUGCCGCCCACUGCACUACCCUGUCCACAUGACCCCACAGACCAAUGUGACCCUGGCAGCCAGUGCCUGGCUCUCUGCCCUCCUCCUGCCCAUCCCACCAGUGGUGCAGACAUCUUACAUGGCUUUUGAUUCUGUGGCCCAUGUCUACCACUGCUUCUGUGACCACUUGGCUGUGGUCCAGGCCUCCUGCUCUGACACCACACCCCAAACCCUCAUGGGCUUCUGCAUUGCCAUGGUGGUGUCCUUCCUGCCCCUUCUCCUGGUGCUUCUCUCCUAUGCCCACAUCCUGGCCUCAGUGCUUCGCAUCAGGUCCCGGGAAGGACGCUCAAAAGCCUUCUCCACUUGCAGCUCCCACCUCCUGGUGGUUGGUACCUACUACUCCUCCAUUGCUCUAGCCUAUGUGUCUUACAGGGCUGACCUGCCCCUGGACUUCCAUGUCAUGGGCAAUGUGGUGUAUGCUAUCCUCACACCUGUCCUCAACCCUCUCAUCUACACACUGAGGAACAAGGAUGUCAAAGCAGCCAUCACCAAAAUGUCGUGUCCCCAGGGCCCAAAGGAUUCUGGGAAACUCUGA